AUUGUUGUGUUAGCUGUCGAUUCAUUUGUUUAUUUCGUUUCUCUGUCUCCCUCUCUUUCUCUCUCUUCUUGUUAGGGUCUCCUGCCCUGAAUACCAAGUAAGAGAAAAAGAUUCGAAUUUUAUUUCAUUUAUUUCAAAAUUUUGGUCUCUGCCGGCAUUGAUUUUUCCGAUUUCACAGAGGAACGUCUGCUCACUACUUCUUCUUCCGCCGGCGUUUCAACCGGCGGUAGACGUGUCGGUCCGGCGAUCUCUUCUUGCCGACGAUUAAGAUUUGAAGAUAUUUGGGUUUGAUUUCUUUUUUCCAGAAAGCCAUCGAUUAUUCGAGGGGGAGUGUUUUCUCUCUCUAACUUUUCUCUCCCUACACGCGUGGGUCUAACUGGCUGUCACAAUUGGGUCUAAGUUGGCUUUUUCUGGGAUGGGUUUUGUGUAUUCGACUAAAAAUCGCAGAGAGAAGAAAAUUUUGAUCUGAGUCUCUGGAAUUGAAAUCGAAACACUUUUGAUUCAAAACCUUCCGUACAUCUCCCGAAAUCAAACAGCAAGAUGAUGCGAAUGAAGACUAGAACGACGGGGCUGUCACCGGUGAAUGACAGCUCACGAGACGGUGUCGGUGGCGGAAGAGGCGGCGAGGGUGAAUGGGAGCUGAGACCCGGAGGAAUGCUGGUUCAGAAGCGGAACCCGGAUUCAGAUCAAAACCGCGUUCCCCCACCCACCAUUCGAGUUCGGGUCAAGUAUGGGUCCAUAUACCACGAAAUCAAUAUCAGCUCUCAAGCCACAUUUGGGGAUUUGAAAAAAAUGUUAUCCGGGCCAACGGGUUUGCACCACCAAGAUCAGAAAUUGCUGUUCAAAGACAAGGAGAGAGACUCCAAUGCUUUUCUUGACUUUGUGGGUGUGAAGGACCGAUCCAAGCUCGUGCUGCUUGAGGACGCACUUAGCCAAGAGAAAAGGUACCUGGAGAUGCGAAGGAAUGCUAAAUUGGAGAAGGCUUCAAAGUCCAUCUCCGAGAUCAGUUUGGAGGUGGAUAGGCUCGCGGGUCAGGUGUCGGCUCUUGAAUCCGUAAUUUCGAGAGGUGGGAAAGUUGCAGAGAAGGAUGUAUUGAGUCUGAUUGAGCUGUUAAUGAAUCAAUUGAUAAAGUUGGAUGGGAUUUUUGUGGAUGGAGAUGUGAAGUUGCAGAGAAAAAUGCAGGUGAAAAGAGUGCAGAAGUAUGUCGAAACUCUUGAUGUGUUAAAGAUGAAAAACUCAAUGCCAAGCAGCAAUGGAAGUCAAAAACCACAGCAGCCACCACCAUUUCAGCAGCAUCAAAAACCGAGGCACUCAAAUGGUUUAGUACAUUCACCAGUUCAACAGCUGCAUUCAAGGCAUUCUUCCGGUGGUGGGUAUUCGGCUAUGCAAACACCGCAGCAGCAGCAGCAGCAGCAACACUCCUCAAGGCGUUCAACGUCGUCAGGGGACGUUGUCAUAACCACGAAAUGGGAAACGUUCGAUGCCAUUCCAGCUUCUUCCACUUCGACCACCAAUGAACCGGCACGUCCCAAAUUCAAUUGGGAUUUGCUGCUUUAAGUAGAGGUAAAAAGACCAAGUAUAUGUUGUGAUGUGUGGAUGUGUGGUUUGGACUUGUGUCGAGUUGGUUCAGUGUCUAUUCUCCAUUCUUUUCUGUAUUUAGAUUUUGUUAGCACCCCUUUCACCUUGUCAUUCAUCAGUUCAAACAAAUAAUGGGGUCACUACGAUAGCAAUUACUUAAUAUUACUUUGUAAUUUUCAUUUUUCUCACUGCAUUGUAUGUGGUAUUGAUAGUGAUGAUGAUUCCUUA